GUGCCGUUAGAAUUAGGUUAUGUUAUUUUAGUAGGAAUAUAUGCUUCCAAAUUACUAAACAUCAUGGAUGAUUUAUUGUUAAAAUCAUCUUCAAAUGAUCAGAAAUAUAAAUCCAUAGAUGUAAAUAAGUUAAUAGAUUUAAAUUACGACCUAGGAACCCUUUUAGCAGAGGAUACGAACGAUUUCGAUUCUAACCUUCUAAAUCAAAAGAAAAACGAUUAUCUGCUACAACUAACGAGAGACAACACGCAAUUGCUGAUCAAUCAAAUAUGGGAAUUGCCAACCGAACGGGUCGAAGAGGCGAUAGUAGUGAAAUUGCCCAUUCAAAAAACCAGACUGCCCCGCAUGAAACCCAUACCCAAGCCGAGACCUCUCACCCGAUGGGAGGAAUUCGCCAAAGCCAAAGGCAUCGUUAAGAAGAAGAAGGCCAAGCUCUCGUGGGACGAGCACCUGAAGAAAUGGAUACCGCUCUACGGAUUCAAGAAAGCCCAAUCCGAAAAGGAGAAGGACUGGGUGCUGGAAGUCCCGGAAAACGUCAACCCCAUGGAGGAUCAAUUCGAAAAGAAACUGCACGCCAAGAGCGAACGGGUGGCCAAAAAUGAGCUGCAGCGAUUGAGGAACGUGGCCAAAGCGAAGAAGAUCAAAGUGCCUCGAGUGGGUGUUACCAAUUCGGACGUAUCCACUGCAAAAGACUUGCAAGUAGCCGUUACGGUUGCCAAAUCGUCCACGGCGAGUCUGGGCAAGUUCCAGAAGGAGCUGCCCAAGGAAAAAGAAGCUAAAGGAGUGGCCGAUAUAACACCGGGGGCGAGUCGAAAGAGAAAAAUGCCACCGGUUUCCGGAGAUGUUGAGAAAACGGAAAAUUUGGCUAUUGUAGAUUCUGUAUUGAAUAAGAGACCCAAGCUAUCCAUAGACGCGGUCGUAGAUAAACGCGUAAAUAUCGAACAAGUGCAGAGGAAUUCGAGGGAUAAAUCGAGUUCUUCUAAGAAAGGUAAAAGCACUGCGAAGAAGCCGAAAGGGAAGGCCGGUCAGAGGAAGGGCGGCAAAAAAGGAGGCGGUAGAAAGCGACGUUGAUCGUUAUAGUUUUUUUUUUUUGUUUCAUUUUGUACAUAUAAAUAAGGUUAAAAAUAUUUACUCACAUACCAAGAAGGAAAAAGUGCUUUUUGUAACUUCAUACAGAUUGUCCUAAAUUGUUUUUUUUAGGUUCAAUUCUGUGUAGCGUACAUAUUGAAAGUUUUUGCUAAUAAAUAAUUUAUUAUGCAUUAAACUUUCAGCUUGUAAUUAGCAAUGUAGAAUACGACAGUUUUUUUUCUUUGUAUGCCAUUUUGUUUCGAAGUUCGAUUCGGUUAUUGUGGAUUUACUUAGUCGAAACCGAAUCGUUAACUUACAUGUGGAAUUUCUCACCAUAUCCUUUUAUUUUUAUAGAUUUAUUGUUAACUGAGCUCCGUUUUUGUGGAUUUUUGAUUGACUAAGAUUAAAUCGGUU